AUGAGAAAACUUUUAAUUGUCAAAAAAGUGAAUAAGAAUUUUAUGUCAUCAGUUGUUUAUUUAGAUAUGGAUACCAGAAAUAUAGCUGAAAUUUCAUUAGAAGCUGUUGAUGAAAAUAUGCCAUCAGUCGAAAAUUGGCAACCACCACCACGCCCAAUAUCCAAAUAUUCAAAAUAUCUGUUUAUAUUUGCUGGUGUUCCAGUAGAUGGUUCAUCUUUUGUCUUUAUUCUUCUAGGCAUUUUAUUAAUAAUUCAAAUAUCAAUAUUUGCUAUUGGAAUACAAUAUCAAGAUCAAUGUUCCAUAGAACCAAAAAUUCCAAUCUAUUUAAUUGUCUGCGGUUCAGUUAAUGCUAUUGGAGUUGGACUUGCUGUCAUUUUAAAUAUUAUUGCAUUAUGUAGUAAACAGAUUAUGGGUAACCUUGUUACCAGAUUAAUUGCAUCAGUAGUAUGUUUAUUAAAUUUUUUCUCAUUGAUUUGGAUCAUUGUUGGUUGUGUAUGGACAUUCAGUGUUCAAAGUACUGUUCAGCAUGAUGAUGCAAAACUAAAUACAUACUGUAAUCGUACAUUGUAUGAUUUUCUAUUUUGGAUACCCAUUCUUAAUUGUCUACUUCUGUUAUGCACUAUAAUUUAUUUCCUUUGGAAAAAAUGA